CUUGAUUUUCGUUGAACGUGUGACGGAAUUCCACGUGCGUGUGUGUGUGAUUGUGUGUGCAUCAUUUGCGUUCGUUCUUUCCGUGUGACCGCGUUUGUGUGUUUGUGCGUGGAGCGCGUGAAUCGCCCCCGUGCUAAAAGCAAGAAAAAAGGCAUCCCAUAAGAAAUCGCAUCACUCCUGUUUCCGGGACAGCAACAGUAGCACAGUAGUUCGUUUUGGAACAAGCCGUCCACCACCACCCGAAUAACCAAUGAUGCAUAUAGUGCAAAUCCUUGAGAAAACCGUCUCACCAGACCAGGAUGAAUUGCUCGCAGCGAAAAACUUUCUGGAACAGGCGGCUUCCACAAACCUACCAGAUUUCCUGCGAGCACUUUCCGAUGUGCUGGUUUAUCCCGCCAACUCAACGGUCGCUCGUAUGGCGGCCGGUCUGCAGCUAAAGAACCACCUGACCAGCAAGGAUCAAACGAUCAAGCAACAGUAUCAGGAGCGAUGGAGAUCAUUUUCGGAGGAUGUGAAAGAGUACAUCAGAAAAAAUAUCCUUGGAACUCUCGGAACGGAAGAAUCCCGCCCAUCGUCAGCAGCCCAAUGUGUUGCGUACGUUGCCGUCGCCGAUCUGCCCGUCCACCAGUGGCCUGACCUGAUGCAGAAGCUAGUAGACAACGUGGUGAACGAAAAGUCGACAGAAGCACUGCGUGAAUCAACGCUCGAGGCGAUUGGGUACAUUUGCCAAGACAUCAACUCAGAAAUUCUGGAACACCAGUCAAACCAGAUCCUUACCGCCAUUAUACACGGUAUGCGCAAGUCGGAACCCUCCAACCAUGUGCGGUUGGCGGCCACGAAUGCGCUGCACAACUCGCUCGAAUUCACAAAGGCCAAUUUCGAGGAAACGGCCGAGCGUAACUAUAUCAUGGAAGUGGUGUGCGAGGCGACGCAAUCGACCGAUACGCAAAUCUGUGUCGCUGCUCUCCAGUGUUUGGUGCGCAUUCUGACGCUUUACUAUCAGCAUAUGGAAGCGUAUAUGGCGCAGGCCCUCUUCCCGAUCACACUCGAAGCGAUGAAGUCGGACAACGAACAGAUCGCUCUGCAGGGUAUCGAAUUUUGGUCGAACGUCAGUGACGAGGAAAUUGAUCUAGCGAUCGAAGCGCAGGAAGCGGCCGAAACUGGACGUUUGCCGAGCCGCGUUUCCAAGUACUACGCCCGCGGUGCCCUGCAGUAUCUUGUGCCGGUGUUGAUGGAGAAGCUGACGCAUCAGGAAGAGUUCGACGACGAGGAUGACUGGAACCCGGCGAAGUCGGCAGGCGUGUGUCUGAUGUUGCUCGCCACUUGCUGCGGCGAAGAAAUCGUACCCCACGUGCUACCGUUCGUGAACGCUAACAUCAAGUCCACGAACUGGCGGUUCCGUGAUGCGGCCGUUAUGGUGUUCGGGUCGAUAUUGAGUGCGUUAGAGACGGAUCGAUUGAAACCGAUGCUUGAACAAGCGAUGCCGACACUGAUUGAGUUAAUGUAUGACGAAAGUGUAAUUGUGCGCGAUACGUGCGCUUGGACCUUUGGACGCAUAUGUGAAGUUAUCCCGGAAGUAGCGAUCAAGGAAAUGUACCUUGAACCGCUACUGAAGGCACUGCUGGACGGGUUGAAGGCUGAACCCCGCGUGGCAACAAACGUAUGCUGGGCGUUCACGGGUCUUUCGGAUGCGGCAUACGAGGCAGUCAACAUCGACGACGAUCCACCGCAAACCUACUGUCUGUCGAAGUAUUUUGAUUUCAUCAUUACCAGCCUGCUGGAAGCGACCGAUCGACCGGACGGUGGUCAGGGCAAUCUGCGCUCGUCCGCGUACGAAGCAUUGAUGGAAAUGGUCAAAAAUUCACCGCUCGAUUGCUACGUCUCGGUACAGCGUACGACGAUGGUGAUUCUGGAGCGUAUUAACCAUGUGUUGCAGAUGGAAUCACACAUUUCCUCGCACAGCGAUCGGCAUCAGUUCAAUGAUUUGCAGUCAUUGCUGUGUGCCUCGCUCCAAUCGGUUUUGCGCAAGGUGGACGCGAAGGACGCACCGCAAAUCUCGGAUGCCAUCAUGGUUGCGCUGCUGACAAUGUUCAGUUCCAGCUCUGGCAAAGUGUGUGGUGUGCAGGAGGAUGCGCUGAUGGCUGUCUCGACGUUGGUUGAUCUGCUCGGUGAAGACUUCAUCAAGUAUAUGGAUGCGUUCAAGGAAUACCUUUUCAUGGGUCUGAAGAGCCACCAAGAGUAUCAGGUGUGCUGUACGGCGGUUGGUCUUGCCGGUGACAUAUGCCGGGGCUUAAAGAGUAAGAUUUUGCCGUACUGCGAUGACAUCAUGACGCUUUUGCUCCAGAACCUGAGCAAUCCGAACCUGCACCGCAACGUAAAGCCACAAAUCCUUACCGUCUUCGGUGACAUGGCGCUUGGUAUUGGGCCUGAAUUUAAGAAGUAUCUGAAUGUAGUGUUGCCUAUGCUGGCAGCCGCCACGCAGGUGCAAAUUGACCAGCACGACUACGAUAUGAUCGACUAUUUGAACGAACUGCGCGAGAGCGUCCUGGAGGCUUACACCGGUAUUGUGCAAGGUCUGAAAGGAUCCGAUAAAACACCUCUGGAGGAUGUGAACGCACUACUACCGCAUGUACCAUUCAUUAUCAGCUACAUCAUCUCGAUCGCAAAGGAUUCGGAGCUAUCGGAUGGUAACAUUGCUAUCGCUGCUGGACUUAUUGGCGAUAUGUGUGGAGCGUUCGGACCGAUGAUGCUGCAGUUUGUAGAAGACUCGAGCAUUACGGAGCUAUUGAACGAUGGCAAAAACUCACGGACCGCUCGCACGAAAACGCUUGCCACCUGGGCACUGAAGGAGAUCAAAAGGUUGAAGAAUCUGCCAGUAAACACGAGUUGCAUUAAUGGCAACACAAUUAGCUACGCGAACAGUAGCGGCGCUACUCCUACAACCACCGUUCCGGCAACUUAAAUAUGUACUACUCGCUCACCCAUCCUGUAGAUACUUUUACUACUACUACUACUACCGUCGUUCCAUCAUGU